AUUCAAACAAACCAACUCUAUAACUGAUGUCGCGCUGUCUAAUAAUCCUACACUCACUCCUCUCAGUUUGCCGGUAGAAAAAACCGCGAGCUCUCCUCGAUUAUUCGGAUACGAAUCAUUCGAAAUAAUUAACAAUGUUUUCGCGGCGGAAAAAUUCAAUUUAAAAAAUGCGCCGUUAUUAUUCAACGAUAUUACCAUUUAUUUUGGUUUCUGUAAUAAAUUCCCAAGCCGCCCCCGAUGGCUUAGGAAAAUGCUGCGACUUUGGUCAAAUUUUAUACGAAUAUAAAAAUGCAACGUUCGCUUGCAUCGAUGACAGCACCAAGAGAAAAAGUGUUUUCGUUCCGGUUAUUAACUUUAUAAAAAAUAACCCCACCGGAAGUUGUUUGGAUUACAGCACAGAUUUUUACGAGUUUCAAUUUUCCGAUCAGAAAAUCAUUGGAAAAACACAACUAAUUGAAGAUUUUUAUCCGAAAUGCUGCCCAAUUGGAUACAUGUACAACCCGAUAAAACAUUCUUGCGAUCCCAAAAAUAAUUUCGAGCAUGGUUUUAUAAAUCGAAAAUUAAUAAAAGUUGGUUUGCCCCAAUGCCACAUUGUAGCAGACAAUCUUUUAACCACCUUGGACAACCAAGUUAUUCCUGAAGAUGGUUAUUGCUUUGACGAAACCUCCAGCGGUUUUGUUAGGAGACAAUGUACUGAAGAUGGCGAUAUUUGUGACAAUAUGCGGUGUGUUAAAAAGUGUUGCCCUGAUGGAAAAAGUUUCGUAAACGGUGCACAUUGCGUUGAUAAUUAUGAAAUUGGUAUGGAUUUGGAUUUUUCUACAAAAAUUGAAAAUCCAACAGAUCCUUUUGCAAUCGUCUACAACAACAGUCGUUGUCCAACAACUUUCUACAUACUGUCAGAACGUAGAUACCAGUUUAAUCUUCUUAAAAACGGAGAGUUCCAGUACUGGUAUAAUGCGACACAGUCUUUUAUCAAGGAAUCGGCUACCAAAGAAGGAGGCGGAUAUUGUAUCGAACAUUCAAACAGAAAAACAGCAAAAGGUUUCUUCUUUUUCCACUGCUUGGUUAUUCCUACCAAGCUGCCACUGAAGUUUGAAGUUACAAAAUAUCCAAAAAUAUUAUCAUGCAUUUUUUUGGCGUUGACAAUUUUUAUUUACCUGAUUUUGGCGCAAACGAAAAAAUUGUUUGGAAAGAUUUUGAUAAAUUAUUGUACGGCCACGUUCUUAAUGUUCGCUAUAUUAAUAUAUGCCCAAUUCAGCGUCAAAGCUGGUGAUGUCCAAUGCAAACUUGUAGGAUUUGGUAUAAUAUUCAUAACAACAGUAUCAUUUGCUUGGUUAAAUGUGAUGUGCUGUGACAUAUGGUUAACAUUUGGAUCCACGACUGGAUCAUUGGGUGUCUAUCAACGAAAAAAGGAUCUAAAGAAACUUUUAGGUUACAUGGCUUAUGGAUGGGGGAUGCCCUUGAUCCUAUCGCUUUUGAUAUAUGGUUUAAGUAUCACCGAAUCCUUAUCUGAUACAAUUCGACCUUAUAUAGGGACCAAAUCGUGUUUUCUUGAACGCAGACCAGGAAAUCAUGCCCAACUUGUAUUCCUGCGAAUGCCACAUCUCUUAAUCCAAAUAAUCAAUGCGUUCCUUUUCAUGAAAACUAUCUUGUACUGUAUUAGAAUUAAAAAUGAAAUUCAGAGAAUCAACGACAACAAGGAUGAGAAGAAGUUAAAAUUUAACAGAGAUAAAGAAAAGUUAUUUUUAAUUCUGAAGCUGGCAGUAAUCAUGGGAGUUACGUUCAUCUUCGAUACGGUAACAUCAUUUGUUGAUUUUCAUAGUCUUGGAACGUUUUGGAGUAAUUUCGAAAUAGUUGUUGACUGUAUUAAUUGCUUGCAAGGUGUGUAUAUAUUCAUUAUAUUCAUCUGCAAGAAAUCGAUCUACAAUGAUUUUUUAAAAAAGCUCCACAUUAGAAGAAGAGACGCGUACAUGAAUAACACAGUAGAUUCAUUCACUUCUUCUACUCGAAUAAGUCUUAAAAAUGGUCGAAAUGAUUGCAGGAAUUAACAAGUUUAGAAUCUAGUAGUUAAAGUAAAAUAAACACGAACUUUGUAUACGUUUGUGUAGGUAAAUAUGAAUAUUUUUUUGUUUUUGUAUUUAGUAGUUAGUUGAGAAUUGAUUUGUGGUAGAUACAUUUAAUUCUUAAUCAGAUCCUAGGAACUAUAUUCCUGCUUAUAAUAUAGAAUCCCCACAUAAGAUUUUUUAUGUGAGUAUUGCUCUUAUGUUUUAUUUGUAACUAUUUUACUGAAAUAAAUGUUGAUACAUUACAUUCUUGAGGCGUACUUCAAUCGUACUUUAAACGUACUUCAAAUGUACUUCAAAUGUACUUCAAGCGUACUUUUGGCGUACUUUAGGCGUACUUUAGGCGUACUUUAGGCGUACUUUAGGCGUACUUUAGGCGUACUUUAGGCGUACUUUAGGCGUACUUUAGGCGUACUUCAGGCGUACCUUAAGCGCACCUGACUAAGGGAUAAUAUAAUUUGUAUAAUUCUUUCACGGUCUUUAUUUAGUGAUUUAUUACAGAACAAAGCAUACAUUUGGUUUUGAUGUUGCAUGAAGGUAAUUUAGUGGUAGUUACAAAUUAUAAUAAUACAGAAAUAAUUGCAAUAUUUACGUUGAAUAAUAUACCAAAGUAAGUGACUAGACAACAAACUAAUUAGUCUCAAGUAUUUCUAAAAAAAAUUGGAAUUUUUAACAGGCUGUAAAGCAGAGAUGGAAUUAAUUCGAAGUAUAUUUUAUACCAGAGAAGUUUUGCCUUAAGAGAUAAAUAGUUUGAUUUUAUAACUGUACGUCCAGUUAUAUGACGUAUCGUAGGAAUGUAUCAAAGAGAUGUCAGCACAAAGAACUUCUUAAUCGCCAAAAAUUUGUAAAAUAUAGAAAGAUUUCGUGAAAAUGGUACAUUUAAAUCAAGGAAUAUGGAUCGAGGACUAAUGCGUACGACAAUAAGUUUUUACAAACGUGGUAAUAAUGCAUAAUUACAUUUCUAAAUGAAUUUGUAUUAUCAACAAGCAGUAGGCAGUUAUUGUUGUUUCGGAUUUAUUCGACUUUAUGCAAAUCGAUUCUUAAUUAACAAUAGUUCAAACUACUACUUCAUUGUAACUCCAAUACCCCGAUAUCUGUGAUAUGUUUUUUAGUGAUUUUUUUUUGUUAAUUUAGGAGCAAGAAACAAAGUAUUUUUUAUAGCAUCAAAAAUUGUAAGUACUUACGAGUAUAUGCUUUUCCGAUCUAUUCAACUAUUUUCAAGACUUUUGUAGGCUGUAUUAGUAUUUGAACUUAAGAAAUGUAUUUGUUUAAUGUUUUCAUGUAAAUAAAACAAUGUAUGAAUGUUAUUAUUGCUUUCGCAACCAUUAUAUUUGUUAUUCAUGCCAUGUAUCAUCUAAAUGAUGUAAAUCACAUUUUUUUGUAACAAUUUAAU